CUGGCGAGCGAAACAAUAACAAACACACAGGCAUCGCAGUUGCUGCUGAUCUCCGAUGCUGCCUCUGCGAUGGCAUGUGAUUUCCCUGCUGCUGCGCAAAGACUGAAUUUCUCUCCUUUAAAGCAAUUCUUUCGUUCAGCGAGAUGAAAUCCAGCAUUUUCACCCUUGUGCUCGUCCUUGGGCUGGCUUUUGGCAAAGAUUUCUGCAAAGAAGAAUUACGGACGAGUGUGGAUGUGGAGGAUGCAGUUUUACUAAAGAAUGGAACUCUUUUGACCGAGAGUGACCCGUAUCCCGCCGGCACCUUUUGGAAAAACGAGGAAGAAGGGCACUGGUGGGUCUGCCCCUGCCUCUUGGGAAACUGCAUCAGAAUUUGCGACAAAGAAUUCAUAGAGGAAAUAAUUGAAGCUUAUAAUGAAACAGAACCCAUCUUGCCUGUUCUGUGGGACGAAAUUAUUGAGACAGACACGCCGCUGAUAGAGAGCUUCAAACAAAUAAUCAACGCAAAAUGUGAUGCUGGUUCCGACAUUUUAAAUAAAGAAGACAUCAGGAUUUGGGCGAAUGGCAGUAUGAAAUUGGGAAACGAAAGCAAGCUAUACGGUGCUGAGCAUUACUGUGUUCACCAAAUGGAAGGAAAUAACUCCAUACAUCUAGUGCACUGCUUAUAUCUGGAACAUCGAGGAGUGGAUGAGAUUGGGAAAGAAACAACGCUUCCUAACGAUAUGGAGUUUGUCAUUUGCACUGCUUUAUCGCUGUUGAGCUCAAUUUUACUGGUCAUAUUGGUUGUGUGGCUAUGGUUCAGAACGAAAAUUAAAUCGUUUCACGAAAAGGCCAUGAUUUGCUACUUAGCAUGUCUAGCAGUGACUUUCAUCGUCUUGACCUUCAACAGCUUUCUAAUCAUCUUAUUUGACGAAAUACCGCUCGAGCAGCCGCUGUGCAUUUUAUAUGGACUCAUCCCCUUAUAUUCAUUUCACGCAUCCUUGUUCUGGCUGAAAACCAUGUGCAUCGCUUUUAUCUUCACUUAUAAAGGGGGUUCUCGCACAGGAAAAAACUAUUUUGCAAAGUUUGCAAUUUAUUCAUUUGGCGCACCAAUGGUAAUAGUAGCCGUGGCUCUGAUUUCCCAACUGAUCAACGAUGAAAACUCCAUUUUCAACCCAAAUAUUGAAAAUGGAAUAUGCACCAUAAACGGCACAGCAUCCGUGUGGUUUUACUACAAAGGACCGAGCUUGAUUUUGCUUUUGGCCAACGUCGGCGUGUUGUUUACAAUCUGCGUAAUAGGCAAGCCGGUCCGCACCGCGGAGGAAAAUGAUCAGAUGAAAAAGGAAUUUCACAUGACUAUUUUUACUCUCCAAUGGGCGCUUUACCCGCUCGUCAUGAUGCACGGAUCUUAACCAUUAUUAUGACGGUGACUACAGUGCGUGUCUGAAGAAUCUUGGAAAUAAUUUUUAUCUUCAGUUCUGCGCAGGAAGAAUUUGUCGAUUUGCUCCUUGUGUGCGCUGAAAAUUUUGUGAGGAAGAGCUUGUGCAGUCGAUUUUGUAAAGGCUGCAGCGUGCUCAAAUAAUCUAAUGAAUUCGUCAUGUGCAAAAAAUUUAUCUUGAUUGGACUUUUCAUUCAAGAUUGAAUUAAAUUGUAUUAUUAUAAUAUAUAAAUAACAUUUUCCAUU